CAAAACGAAGCAAAAUUUGAAUUUUCCUUUUUAUCCUUUUUCCCAUCUAUUUAUGCUCAACCAGUUCUUUGAUAAAAAAGGACCGGAGUUACCCUUACCAAAUCCAACACUGUUUUGAAUGUAUUUUUAAGCUAUUUUUGAAAACUGUUUUUAACCUGUUUUGUGAAAUAGGUUUUAAAUAGGGUAAAAAGUGUAUUUUUAAUGUAUUUUUCGACUGCUUUUAAAGGUGUUUUAACCUGUUUAAAACGCUAUUAAAAAAGAAUUUUUAAAGUAUUUUAAAAUGCUUUUAAAAUAUAUAAAAAAUUCCAGGGCUUUUGCAAGGCUCAAAACAGCUCAAAAACAGUUUUUAAAUACCUUAUAAAUCGGAAUAAAAACAGGAUAAAAACAGUUUCAAAAACAUAUUUUAAUUUACUAUACUAUUUUAAAACUAUUUUUAAUGGCAAUUUUAAACGUAUUUUGAAAAAAACAGGUUUAAAAUAGGUACAAAAAUAUAUUUUUGAUAUAUUUUUCGACUGAUUUUAAAGGUGUUUUAACCUGUUUAAAACGCUAUUAAAAUGUUAUGCUUCAAAAUAUAUUUUAAUAGCUGUUUAAUCGGUUUCGAAAUUUAGUAAAAUACUCGUAUUUGCAAAUACAAUAAAAAUACUUUGAAAACAGUAUUAAAAUACCACAGAAGAAGAAAAGCAAUAGCACACAUAUAUUAUGAAUUAAAUACAUCAAAAAUAGGAUGCAAAAAUGCAAAAACAGUAUAAAAUUGUAAGAACAUAGCCUUAGAGUUGUCUGAAAACAGUAUAAAAAUCGGUCGAAAGAGCAUAAAAAUAGUACAAAAACAGGAUGGAAAUACCAUUUAAAUUCAUGAAAUAAAAUGAAUACAAAACCGUCGAAAAUUACCCUGAAAAAGCAAGAUUUACCUCGGCGAAAUUUCUCCACACAGUCCUAGGCUAGGACUUCAAGAGAAUUAUCUCUUAGCCGAUUACUUUACGUUGAUUUCCCUAAGAAUUCUCGGGAAAUUCUUAUGGAAUUUUUCAGAAAUGCUCAAAUCAAUCUUUAGCCUGUGUACAGACCCCUUCCCUCAAUAAAACUCGGAGGGGAGGGGUGGGGGGGUAUGUACACAGGCUAUCAACCUUUGGCUUCAAAAGGGUAUAACGUUACUGACGUUACCGGUAAAUAUCUGUAAAUAUUAAUCUACAUGCAUGUAACUUACAUUGUUUAUUAUAUUCACGGCUUUACUCAAAUAUCAUCAGAAGCUUAAUGCAGGCUACGCCUGAACAUUAAUUAGUGGCUGAUAAAGAACAGCAUACGAAUAAAUUUACGCGAGGAUGAAAGAGGCCGGUGACGUGACAUCAAGUGACUGAGAUCAUUUAUACAAAACAGCGAGUCUCUGCAAGGAAUCCUGUAAAAAGUAAAAUUGCCGUACGGGCGCGACUAUAUAAAUGUUUACUACCCUUCAUUUGUUUCUCAUAUGGCGUAUAUCUAAGCGUCUUAGUAACAUUGUAUAUUUAAUACUUACAAUUAGACUGUUGGACUCUUCUCCUGAACCAGAACCUUUCAAAGUACAUAACAGUCGCUGAGGAGUCAUAACCAUUUUUGAUUCGUGACAAAAGCAACAUCUACGUGUUUCGACAAUCCGCAGAGUUGGAGUGUACUUUUGUAAGAUCGUAACAAACAGUAAAAUCAAGCGCAUUUAAGCUCACAGCAACCGUCCGGGAGCAACCGCCGGUUCAAUAAUUUGAAAUGAGCAAAGGACAAAGGACGGUUUGCUUAUCACGUGCAUUUGUCACAUCACCGCGGCGCGAAGUCGUGAUUUCAGUCGCGCGUGACAUCUCAAAAAUAAUAUGCCAUGCAUGUGCGGAAUAGUCUAUGAGAGAAAGAUAACCAUAUGUCGGAGUUUAUUCAGAUCUGAGCGUUGUUUCUUAGUGCAAUAUAUACGAGGUGAGAUCUUAGCUUCGAUAGUUUGUUUUAAUUAUUAUGAAAUUUCAAGGACUUAUUUUAGACAAAUCUCAAUUGACCGCGUGCAUCCGGUUCUCGGCCCGCGGCUUCGGCUGUUUGCGAAAAAUUUCUACAUGAAAAUUAAAAUGUGGUUUUAAGAAUUUUCUUUUAAAAAAACUUAUGGAAUGUCCCGUAGCUGCAUUAAUUGAAUCACGGCUAAAAUCUAGGCGGAGAUUUUCGCAGAGAGCUUGCAGGUAAUGAACAUUGAGGAACGGAUUGAUCCUUUAUCGGCACACUGUCACAGUUACGUGUUGUCAGUCAAAGCUAAAAUCUAUUCCUAAUUUUCUUCUCUUUUUUCAAUUUCGUUUUGAUUUGCUGGGAGAUUUAAUUUUUGGCUCCGCCUCGAGCUUUUGAGAGAAGAAUCCGGUCCACAAUAUGACAGCUUGUUUUGAGUCAUUUAUGAGUUCGUGACACGAUGAAGGCUUAAAAAUUAACUUUGUGCAAUUGUUACUUUUAUAGUCUGAGUAUAAGUAUCCCAAAAUACAUUACAAUAUUGCACCUCAAUAAUAAUAAG